AAUUACAGAAAAGUCAGACAUCCAUAGCAACGAGAUACAGCAAAGGCAAAGAGCUUCUCCCAUAUAUCGCAAUCCUCCAGAUACCUCCUUUCUCUUUCCGGGAAAAAAGGAAAAAUGUCGGCCUUCCCAUCCCAUCGCUCUGUCCCCUCUAUCCCGGUCUCCCAAGAUAUCGCCCUCAAAUACCUGCAAACGUACCUCGAAGCCACCAAAUCGUCGCCCUAUCUCCUUCCCAAUGCGCGCCUCGAGCCCUCCGGCCCCACCGCAGACUCCAGCGACUCCAGCGUCACAAUCUACAAUCUGAAACGAGUGGAGGCUGGGUUACGAGGCGAAUGGCUCGCCCCUACUUUGGACCUAGAAGACAACACUACGCAGGCUGCCAAUGGGCUGGCUGCUGCGCCGGGUAACAAUGCUGAUGAUCAGAUGGAGACCGAUGGGUGGCAGGACCUGGAUGAGUACCAGAGGGAGCAGCAGGUUAUGCAAGGGGGAGAGGGCCCUACAGAGACGGCUGACGCCCGGGACGAGGAUUCGGAGUUGGACAGUGAGGUUGAGGGGGCGAAACCGGACAAAAAGCCCAGGAAGGAGGAAAAGAAGCCCAAAUCAAAGGAAGAGAAACGAAAAAGGAGAGAUAAAAAGCAUAAAGAAGCAGAGGAAUGAGAUUCUUACUCAACGAGCACAACCACAGCAUGGCGAAUCCUGGACCGAAUUGGUGCGUCAAUCGCUAUAUCAUUAUGGGCUAAUUUACAUUCACAACUCCCUCCCACUCGCCUGUGCGACGUUUUCGCUCUUUGAAUCC